AUGGAGCUGUGGGCGGCCGCUUGCCUCGCGUGCCUGGCGGCGCUUUGCUUUGCCCUCUGCCAGAUCGUGCUGUCGAUAGCCGCGGGCCGCUGGAAGCUCCGGCACCUCCCGGGCGCCCCCACCCACCUCUUCUUCGGCAGCCUCGACAUCUGGCCGCGAAAGGCUAUCGAGGCCGGCAGGAAAUGGCGAUCGGAGCACGGCGACGUCGUCAAAUUCUUCCUGGGAGCCAGGCCCAUGGUGAUGCUCCACGACCCGGACCACGUAGGACAGGUCCUCAAGACGCUGUCCGCCUUUCCGGGGCGGUUCUUGGCGACCAACGUCGAGGGAAAGAUUCCCAGCAUGCUGGCCGUGGAGGGCCCCCUCUGGAAGUUCCUGCGCAACUCGACCGCACCGAUCUUCUUCAAGAGCAAACUCGCGAGGUUCACGAGCGUGGUUGAGAAAUGCGCGGGGGCGAUGGUCCGCCAGAUGGGCGUCGACGGAGGCGCGGGGAAGAGCGUGGAGGUCCUGGAGGCCUUCAGGUUGAUGACGCUGGACAUAAUCGGGACCGUGGCCUUCGGGGUGGAGAUCAACGCGAUUAAGGACGACACGGGGGAGUUCGGGAGGGUGCUCCGGGACUUCCUGCAGGCAGCGAGGACGAUGGUCUCCAGGGGCGGAAUGCCGUUCAUGGUGAUGCGCGCACUGGGGUCGAUGGGCCUGCAACUUCCUCCGCUGGUGGUGCAGAGGUUGCCCAUAGCCCAACCCUUGAAAAGAUGCGCACAGUUGAUCAACCUGACCAUCACCAGCAUUGUUAAAAGCCGGAGGAAAGAACCUGCGAUGGAAGACAAGGCAAAACGAGACUUCAUCACGCUCAUGAUUGAAGCCAGGGAGAGGGAAUCAGGCCGUGCACUCAACGAUCUUGAGAUAAUGUACAACUCCCGGCUCUUCCUAAUAGCAGGGCAUGAGACAACCGCCGGCACGCUUGCCAUUUUCCUUUAUCACGUCACACGGCACCCAGAGGUGCAAAAGAAGAUCUUGGAAGAGGUGGAUCGGCUGAACGAUGGUUCACCGCUGGCCUAUGAGAGCCUGGAAAAGUACCAAUACAUGGAAAUGGCCUUAAACGAGUCCAUGCGCAUGUUGUCCGUGGUCCCAAUGUUGAGCCGGAUGGCCAAACGAGACUUCCAUCUUGGGGGGACAGUGCUAAUACCCAACGGGACAGCCGUCAUAGUGCCAGUACACUUGCUCCACCACGAUGCCAAACUUUGGGGUGACCCGGAGAACUUCAGACCAGAGCGUUUCGACCCAAAUUCGGAUGAGUGUCGGCAGCGCAACCCCCAUGCUUUUGUGCCUUUUGGUGGGGGCCCGAGGGUGUGCAUCGGGUUGAAAUUUGCCGUCAUGGAGAUGCUCUUGGUGCUGAUCAUGCUGUACAGGCAGUACACAUUUAGCCUUGACAUCAGCCGCACAUCGGUUCCUUUGAAGUACACCUCUUCGUUGACCAUCGAGCCGAUGGAUGGGAUCCAUCUGCACGUCCACAAACGAGAAAAUGGAAGAGAUGUUGGUGUGAAGGCGACCUGA